CUACAAGUCCUGUCUGUUGCUUUCAGCAAACUACCGGAUAUUUGCACUUCCACUUCUCCUAAUCCAAGUUUAAAUUGUGAAAAUUGAUUCCCACCAACCGCUGGAAAUUUAACUUCAAAAAGAGGAAACGGAGAGAUGGGGGAGCCGAGUCAGACGCACAAGGCAGAGAGAGGGGAGAAUAUGGCGAAGAAGCAACAGGCCAUGGUUUCUGCAGCAUGGGAUAUCAGGACCAGCUUCCAAUCGCUUGUUGCCCUUCUCAUUGCCAUUCUAGUCGUUGCUGCUAUCUAUCUGAGACAAACCAAUGAACAACUCUUCGAGUCUGGGACUACACUUUCUGGUGGCAGCUUGACGUCAAGGUGCAAUUUGUUCUCAGGGAAAUGGGUAUAUGACAAUGAAUCUUACCCUCUAUACAAAGAGAGAGAAUGCACGUUUAUGUCUGAUCAGUUAGCUUGUGAGAAGUUCGGGAGAAAGGACCUUAACUAUCGGUUCUGGAGAUGGCAACCUCACCAGUGUGACCUCCCUAGGUUCAAUGCCACAGCAUUGCUGGAGAGGCUUAGGAAUAAGAGACUUGUUUUCGUCGGGGACUCGCUCAACAGAAACCAAUGGAUUUCCAUGGUCUGCCUGGUGGAUUCAGCCAUCCCUCCAGCCUUCAAAUCCAUGCAUAACAAUGGCUCCAUAAACAUUUUCAAGGCCACUGAAUAUAACGCAACAAUCGAAUUCUACUGGUCUCCAUUGCUGGUGGAGUCCAACUCGGAUGAUCCAGUGAACCAUCGAGUACCAAACCGGAUUGUCAGAGUCCAGGCGAUUGAAAAGCAUGCUAGGCAUUGGACAGAUGCAGACAUUCUCAUUUUCAAUACAUACCUUUGGUGGAGAAGACGCCAAAUGAAGGUCUUGUGGGGAUCCUUCGAAAACCCUGAAGAUGGGAUUUAUAAAGCAGUUAUGUUGCCAAGGGUAUACGAGAUGGCCCUACAGACAUGGGCACAAUGGUUGGAGGUUCAUGUCAAUAGGAACACGACCCAGUUGUUCUUCAUAAGCAUGUCACCAACUCACCAAAGGGCCGACAGGUGGGGUGGAAUCCAAGGUGAAAAUUGUUACAGCGAAACAGAACCGGUUAGCAAGGAAGGAUAUGUGGGAGACGGAGCGAGUCCAAGGAUGAUGCGUGCAGUCGAUAGCGUGCUUGGGGAGUUGAAAACAAGAGGGUUGAACGUCCACAUGAUGAACAUCACACAGCUAUCAGAUUACAGGAAAGAAGGUCACCCAUCGAUUUACAGGAAGCAUUGGGAAACAAUAACGGAAGAACAGUUAUCGAACCCCAAAAACUAUUCAGAUUGUAUCCAUUGGUGCCUCCCUGGAGUGCCUGAUGUGUGGAACGAGCUGCUCUAUGCCUACAUUCUUCAACUUUGACAAUUCCCUUCCCCCAUCACCCCAAUGAAAUGUUAAAGAAAAUUAAGAAGCUUUGUAACUGUUGGAUUGAAUUUGAAUUAGAGCUGACAACAUUUCCACAGAAGAUGAUCUUUUUUA